GAGGGGCUUCGCAUGGAGUGCCCCUCCAAAACUAGUCCGGGUCGACAUUACCAUUACCUACUACGUCAAGGCCUAACACCUAGGCGGCGGGCCAACGUCUAAUCCAUACCUAGGUACCUUAUCUUAAUCACAUCCUGAUAGACCUCCUCUCCUCUCAAGCUCUAGACCGGCAGCCAGUAAAUCUCAAUCUUGUCCUUCAUACCUUCAUACCUUCAUACCGGCUAGGCCUUGUGUCAUCACCAUACCCUUAUAGUCGAACGUAAUCUCCUCUUUGUGCUAAAACUGUGGUAUUCGAUUUCAAUAAGAAUGACUACAGAAAGCAAGGGUCGUCUGGCUGGCAAGAACGCCAUUAUCACUGGAGGUGCUGGUGGAAUUGGCCUCGAAACAUCUAUCCUAUUUGCGAAAGAAGGCGCCAAUGUUCUGCUGGUUGACAUCUCGGAACCGGCGCUCGAGAAAGCUAAGGCGAAAGUUCUGCAGCUUGUGCCAAAAGCCGGACGAGUAGAAAUCAAGGUUUGCGAUGUUUCCAAAGAAGAGCAAGUCAAGGCGACCAUCGAUUCGCUAGAUUCGUGGGGAGGACUUGACGUAAUCUUCAACAAUGCGGGUAUUAUGCAUGCGCGGGACGACGAUGCAGUUGGUACACCAGAGGAGAUUUGGGACCUGACGAUGUCGAUCAACGUCAAGGGGGUGUGGUACGGGUGUAAGCAUGCAGUGCUCUCUCUGCGACGCAACCAAAAAACCAAGGGCAGCAUCAUCAACACCGCAUCCGUCGUGGCCCUUGUCGGCUCGGCCACUCCGCAGCUAGCGUACACGGCCUCGAAAGGUGCUGUCUUAGCCUUGACCCGUGAAUUAGCCAUCGUUCACGCGCGCGAAGGCUUUCGCUUUAACAGCUUAUGUCCCGCUCCUUUAAACACGCCGUUAUUGCAAGACUGGCUCGGCGACGAUGUGCCCAAGCGUAUGCGACGCGAGAUCCAUUUUCCAGCCGGCCGAUUUGGCGAAGCCAUAGAGCAGGCCCAGGCUGUCGUGUUCUUAGCCUCCGAUGAAGCUAGCUUUGUUAACGGUCACGACAUGGUUGUGGAUGGUGGUAUGACUAAGGCCUAUGUUACGGCCGAGGGUCCGCCUCUAGUCGCCCCUACGAAUAAUGCCUCGAAGAAUGAGCUAUGAGUGGUGAUAGACUCGCUGUUCAUAGAAUGGUUAAUCGAAGACAUAUUAUUUUAAUCCAAAUGAGCCUUCCUAAUUAAACCACCUUAAUCUGGCACCACUCGCACCAGUGCAUGCGAGAUACUUAAGUCUCGAGAAUCUAGUAAUUAAAUCC